GUGCUUCAGCGAAUCAAGGGGGACCUCAAAGAGGCCAUGAAGUCGAAAGACUCCUUCACCUCGACAGUCUUGCGGUCGAUUCUGUCGGAACACCAGUAUGCAGCGAAGGAGGCAAAGAAAACAGAAUUGUCUUCAAUCUUGCAGAAAGCCGUGGCGAGAAGAAAGGAGGCCGCCGCACAGUUUCGCGCCGCUAAGCCUCCCCGUGAGGAUCUGGCUUCCAAGGAGGACCGAGAAGGCGAAGUGAUCACCCGUUUCCUUCCCGAG